UCAGAUUUCACAUGUUAAUUUUGAACUCGGUGUUUGGCGCAAAGUUUAGAAUACAGGUUACACGCAUUUUAAAAAAGAAUAUUUUUUGGAGGUGAAAUGGCUCAUAAAAAUAUAUAUUACUCUGACAAAUACACAGAUGAGCAGUAUGAGUAUAGACAUGUGAUGUUACCCAAAGAAAUUGCUAAACUGGUUCCCAAUAAGCUGAUGACAGAAACAGAAUGGCGGAGUCUUGGUGUUCAGCAGAGCCAGGGCUGGAUCCAUUACAUGAAACAUGAACCAGAACCCCACAUUCUGAUGUUCAGACGACCUUUGAACCCAAACCAGAAGUAGUCUCAUCAUCAUCUUAUAUUUCAUCUCAACAAACCCUAACCUCAUAUAUUACUUUUCCGAAGACCGCUUCCAAACCAAAGUCACCAAGCAAAUGAACACCCCAACCAUCAAACUCACGGACACCACAAUCAACAGAUACAUGGACACCACCACCCAACUCAUGCACACCACAACCAAGAAACACAUGGACACCACCAUCAGAAACAUGGACACCACAAUCAACAAACACAUGGACACCACCACCAACCAACAAAUGGAUAAAGACAAUGCUAUGCAAUAUUUAGUAGUGAGUACACAGGUUCUGGAAGACAAUUGUUAUGGAGAAUCCACAAUUACAGGAGACAUUUGGAAAGAAAUUCACUGUUGUUUUUAUUGCAAGCUGUAUGUAGGAUAAGAUGUCAAAUUUGGAAAUGACUUGUUUAAUCCCAUUUGUUUGUCUGUUACUUCAUCAUUUUCUAUCUUUUUUACUCCAUAUGUAUAUGGUAUGCAUAAAAUGAUUGGAGGAUGUUGAUUCCUGUGUGUUGAUUAUACUGUGCAUGUCGUAAUGAGCGGAAAUUCUUGCACAUUUAUAUAUUUUAUUUGUACGACUUGAUGCACAGAACAUACUGUAUUUCAUGAAGUAAAUUUAAAAUGAAGUGUAAAAGUUGAUGAAGUCAUAUACUUGUAUGAUUGUUACAAAUGAAUAAUACAGCACAUGGAGCCUUUUGGAAACAUUUGAUUGAAGCAAGAAACCAACAGAUGUGAAAAUUCUGUUUGCUGAAUUCCAGACAUAUAAAUCUGAUGUUUAUUAUUUACAUAGGUUAAUUAAUGUGCAUUGCAUCAGAGAAACCAGUGAUAUUUUAUUUUGCUUUUGUACAGAUUUGUUUUUCUGUGUAACUGAUGUGAAUGCUAGCAUGAAUGUUUUGUAAAAGCUCUAUUUUUGAUAUGACUGUUUAUGAACUGUUAUGAUUCAAUCAUUUGUCUUUAAAGCAAAUCAUUGUGCAAUAUUUGUGAUCUGGAGUCUGAAUUAUGCGGUGGUCCUGAAAACAUUACAGUAUUGGCCAAAUUGUAUGAUCAGUGCUUUCAGUGUGUUCAUCAGUAAGAAACAAAAAUUUAUGUUAAAAUUAAUUUCCACAACUUAUGAUAAUGUAUUGCAUACCAUGUUUAUUACGUAACAGUUUCUACUUGAUAUUUGGUGUCAAAAUUUCCAGUAUUAUUUAUGCAGUUGUAAAAUUUGGGCUGUAUUUGUCAAAAUUCAGGUUUAUAAAUUCAGAUAAAAUAAA